AUGUCAGAGUACAAAGUUGCCUGGAUUGCCCCUCUUGAGAUUGAAGCGAGAGCUGCUUUGUCUCUGCUGGAUGAAAGACAUCGCGGCCGGUUUCCCGUCAGCCGUAGAGAUGACUACAUUUUCGAAGCUGGUGUCAUAGGCAGCCACAACAUCAUCAUAGCGACUCUGCCGGCAGACCAAGAGUAUGGCAACGGUUCUGCAGCCGCACUCGCCAGAUUGCCUAAUCUCAAUCGAGGCCGUAAUGUCCGACUUGGCGAUAUUCUCGUCGGCCUCCCCGAUAGUAAUAGCGCAGGGUUAAUUGCGUAUAACCAUGGAAAGGAAACUGAGGACGGCUUUGAGUUAUUGCGCCAUGGCCACAGUCUCGCAAUAACAGAACCUAUCGUUCGGUCGGCCAUAGGGAAUAUCAAGCUUCAAGCGCCAAAUAAAAGGGAGACCUUCUUGCCAUAUUACAAGAAGAUUGCGAAUCUAGAGCAUUCCACGGGAACAUUUGCCGACCCUGGGCAAGACAACGACAUUCUAUACGAUGAUGAGAGGCAGGUGAUUCAGCGCUCUUCACGGCCAACAGAUAAGCGAUCUCGCGUCUGGUAUGGCCCCAUUGGAUCGGGAGAUAAACUGUUGAAGAAUGUCGAGAAACGAAACCUAUUAAGAGACAAAUACGAUAUUAUCGGGUUGGAGAUGGAGGCAGCAGGAACCAUCAACAGAAUCCCCGUCGGCGUAAUCCGAGGGGUUUGCGAUUAUGGUGAUCGGCACAAGAAUAAGGACUGGCAACCGUAUGCCGCAGCAAUGGCUGCUUCACAUGCUAGAGCGUUGCUGGAUGCCAUUCGGCCCCAGCUGCCUUCUAGCUCUGGCUCCAGCGCAACAGUAAAUGAGCGUCAGCGAACAACUGGUGAGUAA